ACGGAUCGAUCCUACAAAUGGCGGAAAAUAGCUUAUCAUCGAUGGGGCGUUGGGUGGCGCUUUCACGGAACCUGCGAUGGAUAUUGCUGGGACACAAAGUGGAAGACUUGCGACUGUCGAGGUCGCAGACGACGAAGGCGGUGCACACUGCAGCGAUGCAACUCCGCCAGCGGCAAGUGGGAAAAGGGCCGUCACGGAGGAGGGGGGGAGUCGCGGGGAACAGAGCAAGGUGAAGGCGGAAGAGCGAAAGCUGGAGUGGACAGACAAGGAGAGCAUGGCGCUUAUGAGGCUGCUCUUCGAAGAGGACUGCGCACAGCAAAGCAGGCAAGGGAGGCAAAAGAUCAGGGGUAGACGGGAGAAGUACAACAGGAUAAUAGGGAAAAUGGUUGAGCAAGGCUUUCCAAAACGUGACAUGGAGGACUGCGAGGCAAAGUACUACGCCCUCCUUGACAAAGCAAAAAAGAUCCGGGAUUACAGCGGCGAAUCAGGGAAGCCAAGCUAUUGGGACAUGUCGCGUUCGGAGAAAAAGGAGAAUGGCCUUCCGUUGACAUAUGAAAAGCACAUGUUUGAAGCUCUGCAAUGGAAGCUUGGGAAGGCGGACGGUUUGUGCGAGGACCUGAUGCACAGUGUCAAUCUGCAGAGAGGGCAGACGAGCACGGUCACAGAUGAUGAAGACACUGGCGGCACAAGUGAGAAUGGAGGGGGUCGACGAAAAGCGGAUACUGACAGCGCAAGGGUUACAAGUCUCGACGGACCGCGGGUGUGAGCGGAAACAAACGGCGUUCCGCGGCAGAGAGUUCGAGUGAUGCUUCAAGGGGAGGUUCGUUCGCAGACAUUGGACAUGCUCUUGUCGACGCGAACGACCGUCUGACUCAUGCGGAGAGGAUCGCGGGGAGUUUUGCACAGGCCAUGGACGGAAUGAACAAGACCAUGGCCGACGGUAACAAAACACUGUUACAAUG